AUGAGUCGUCGGGUGGUUCGCCAAAGCAAGUUCCGGCAUGUCUUCGGGCAGCCGGUCAAGGCCGACCAGAUGUAUGAGGACAUUCGCGUCUCCAAAGUGACCUGGGACAGUUCCUUCUGCGCUGUCAACCCCAAGUUCCUAGCCAUCAUUGUGGAAUCGGGAGGAGGAGGAGCCUUCAUGGUCCUGCCCUUGAGCAAGAUGGGCCGCGUGGACAAGAACGUUCCCCUGGUGACUGGACACACGGCCCCCGUGCUGGACAUCGACUGGUGCCCCCACAACGACAACGUCAUUGCCAGCGCAUCCGAAGACACAACCAUCAUGGUCUGGCAGAUUCCGGAUUUCCUGCCCAUGCGUAACUUGACGGAGCCGGUGGUGACCCUGGAAGGGCAUUCCAAGCGGGUGGGCAUCCUAACCUGGCACCCCACGGCCCGCAACGUCUUACUAAGUGCAG